GCCGCGCCUCCGCCGGCACCAUGAUCGCCGCGGCUUUCCUCGUGCUGCUGAGACCCUACAGCAUCCAGUGCGCCCUUUUCCUCCUGCUGCUCCUGCUGGGCACCAUCGCCACCAUCGUCUUCUUCUGCUGCUGGCACCGCAAGCUCCAGAAAGGGAGGCACCCCAUGAAAUCCGUCUUCUCGGGCCGCUCCAGGAGCCGAGAUGCUGUUAUGAGAUCUCACCACUUUCGUUCCGAGGGAUUCAGAGCAAGCCCUCGGCAUAUUAGAAGAAGAGUUGCAGCAGCCGCAGCAACCCGUCUAGAAGAGCCUGUGCCAGUGGCAGAAGUUCAUCAUCAGAGUGAGCAAGAAAUUUCAGUGAGGAAACGGAGAAUCAAGAAGAACAGUCGAGUUCAGCCAGACUUCUAUCACUCCAUUCAAGGUGCUCCAACCAGAAGACCGAGUUCCGGGAACGCGUCCUAUCGCUGCUCUAUGUCUUCCUCUGCGGAUUUUUCCGAUGAGGAUGAUUUCAGCCAGAAGUCUGGCUCGACAUCUCCAGCCCCUGGAGAUACCUUACCCUGGAAUUUGCCCAAACACGAGAGAUCCAAAAGAAAGGUCCACGGGGGUUCCGUGCUGGACCCUGCCGAGAGGGCUGUGCUUCGGAUUGCAGAUGAACGGGACAAAGUUCAAAAAAAAACCUUUACAAAAUGGAUAAAUCAGCAUCUCAUGAAGGUUCGAAAACAUGUGAAUGAUCUUUACGAAGACUUAAGAGAUGGACAUAACUUGAUCUCUCUUUUAGAGGUUCUUUCAGGAGACACCUUGCCAAGGGAGCGAGAUAUUUUGAAGACUUUACGAUUGGUGAGUGCAACAGACGCAUGCGAAUAUGAACAGCAUGAGGAUGUGGAGGAUGAGGAUAAGGGGCCCAGAGAGAAAGGGCGGAUGCGCUUUCACAGACUACAGAAUGUACAAAUUGCACUUGACUAUUUGAAAAGACAUCAGGUGAAAUUGGUGAACAUCAGAAAUGAUGAUAUAACAGAUGGAAAUCCAAAAUUGACUCUGGGAUUAAUAUGGACAAUAAUUUUGCACUUCCAGAUAUCUGACAUCCAUGUUACUGGAGAGUCAGAGGAUAUGUCUGCAAAAGAGAGAUUGCUACUGUGGACACAACAGGCAACAGAGGGUUAUGCUGGGAUUCGGUGUGAAAAUUUCACUACUUGCUGGAGAGAUGGAAAACUGUUCAAUGCCAUUAUUCAUAGAUACAGGCCGGACCUGAUAGACAUGAACACUGUUGCUGUUCAAAGCAACCUUGCAAAUUUAGAACAUGCUUUUUAUGUAGCAGAAAAAAUUGGUGUCAUAAGACUUCUUGAUCCUGAGGAUGUUGAUGUUUCCUCCCCUGAUGAAAAAUCAGUAAUAACUUAUGUGUCAUCUCUCUAUGAUGCAUUUCCCAAAGUCCCAGAAGGUGGUGAAGGCAUUGGUGCAAAUGAUGUUGAAGUCAAAUGGAUUGAAUACCAGAAUAUGGUGAACUAUCUCAUUCAAUGGAUUAAACACCAUGUGACCACAAUGUCUGAGAGAACAUUUCCUAAUAAUCCUAUAGAACUAAAGGCACUUUAUAGUCAGUAUUUGAAAUUUAAAGAAACAGAAAUUCCACUGAAGGAGGCAGAAAAAUCAAAAAUUAAACGUCUAUAUAAAUUAUUAGAGGUUUGGAUAGAAUUUGGCCGUAUCCGACUUCUUCAAGGUUAUCAUCCAAAUGACAUUGAAAAAGAAUGGGGGAAGCUCAUUAUUGCUAUGCUUGAGAGAGAGAAGGCACUUCGUCCUGAAGUAGAAAGGUUGGAAAUGUUGCAGCAGAUUGCCACCCGUGUUCAGAGGGACAGUGUCAUCUGUGAAGACAAACUGAUACUUGCCCGGAAAGCUCUCCAGUGUGAUUCUAAACGAUUGGAAUCAGGGGUGCAGUUUCAGAAUGAAGCAGAAAUUGCUGGAUAUAUACUUGAAUGUGAGAAUCUUUUACGCCAACAUGUAAUUGAUGUUCAGAUACUUAUAGAUGGAAAAUACUAUCAGGCUGAUCAGUUAGUGAAGAGGGUUGCAAAACUUCGUGAUGAAAUUAUGGCUUUAAGGAAUGAAUGUUCUUCAGUGUACAGUAAAGGGCACAUGCUGACGUCAGAACAGACAAAGCUCAUGAUAUCAGGAAUCACUCAAAGUUUAAACUCAGGAUUUGCACAGACCUUAAACCCGUGUCUGAACUCAGGGCUGACGCAGAGUUUAACACCAUCCCUGACUUCUUCAAGCGUGACAUCAGGCCUGUCAUCUGGUCUCACAUCACACCUGACUCCCUCUGUCACUCCAGCUUAUACACCCGGCCUACCAUCAGGAUUAGUUACAAAUUUCAGUUCAGGAAUUGAGACAAAUUCAUUGCAAACUCCAAAACUAAUGCAGAUCCGAAAGCCCCUUGUAAAAUCUUCUCUGCUGGAUCAGAAUUUAACAGAAGAGGAAGUAAACAUGAAAUUUGUUCAGGAUCUUUUGAAUUGGGUUGAUGAGAUGCAGGUGCAGCUAGACCACACUGAAUGGGGAUCAGAUUUGCCAAGCGUGGAAAGCCAUUUAGACAAUCAUAAAAAUGUCCACCGAGCUAUUGAAGAAUUUGAAUCUAGCCUUACAGAAGCUAAGAUCAGUGAGAUCCAAAUGACAGCACCACUUAAACUGACUUACACAGAAAAGCUGCACAGAUUAGAAAGUCUGUAUUCAAAACUCUUGAAUACAUCAAGAAAUCAGGAGAGACACCUUGAUACACUUCAUAAUUUUGUGACUCGUGCAACUCAUGAACUUAUUUGGUUGAAUGAAAAAGAAGAGGAGGAAGUUGCUUAUGAUUGGAGUGAAAGGAACACCCAAAUAGCUCGGAAAAGAGAUUAUCAUGCAGAAUUAAUGAGAGAGCUUGAUCAAAAGGAAGAAAAUAUUAAAGCAGUACAGGAGAUAGCAGAGCAGCUACUUUUAGAAAAUCACCCAGCCCGGUUAACUAUUGAGGCCUAUCGAGCAGCAAUGCAGACACAGUGGAGCUGGAUCUUACAGCUCUGUCAGUGUGUGGAGCAGCACAUAAAGGAGAACACUGCUUAUUUUGAGUUUUUCAAUGAUGCCAAAGAAGCUACUGAUUACUUAAGGAAUUUAAAAGAUGCCAUCCAGCGGAAAUACAGCUGUGAUAGGUCGAGUAGUAUUCACAAGCUAGAAGACCUUGUUCAGGAGUCGAUGGAAGAGAAAGAAGAGCUUUUGCAGUAUAAAAGCACAGUGGCAAGUCUGAUGGGAAGAGCAAAAACAAUAAUUCAGCUGAAACCAAGAAACCCUGAUUGUCCACUCAAGAAUUCGAUCCCAAUCAAAGCUAUUUGUGACUACAGACAAAUUGAGAUAACAAUUUUCAAAGAUGAUGAAUGCAUUCUGGCCAACAACUCUCACCGUGCUAAGUGGAAGGUCAUUAGCCCUACUGGGAAUGAGGCGAUGGUCCCAUCUGUGUGCUUCACAAUUCCUCCAUCAAACAAAGAUGCUGUUGACUUUGCAAACAGAAUUGAACAGCAGUAUCAGAAUGUUCUGACUCUUUGGCAUGAGUCUCACAUAAACAUGAAGAGUGUUGUAUCGUGGCAUUACCUUGUCAAUGAAAUUGAUAGAAUUCGAGCUAGUAAUGUAGCUUCUAUAAAAACAAUGUUACCUGGUGAACAUCAACAAGUUCUGAGUAAUCUGCAGUCUCGAUUUGAAGAUUUUCUAGAAGAUAGCCAGGAAUCCCAGAUAUUUUCAGGUUCAGAUAUAACACAACUCGAAAAAGAGGUUAACGUAUGUAAGCAGUACUAUCAAGAACUUCUGAAAUCUGCAGAAAGAGAGGAACAAGAGGAAUCUGUUUAUAAUCUCUACAUCUCUGAAGUUCGAAACAUUAGACUUCAGUUAGAAAACUGUGAAGAUCGGUUAAUUAGACAGAUCCGAACUCCACUGGAAAGAGAUGAUUUGCAUGAAAGUGUGUUUAGAAUUACUGAACAGGAGAAACUAAAGAAAGAACUAGAGCGACUUAAAGAUGAUUUGGCAACAGUUACAAAUAAAUGUGAAGAUUUUUUCAGUCAAGCAGCAAAUGCUCCCUCAGUUCCAACCUUACGAUCUGAACUCAGUGUGGUCGUUCAGAGCAUGAACCAUGUCUACUCUAUGUCUUCUACUUACAUUGAGAAAUUGAAGACUGUUAAUUUGGUGUUAAAAAACACCCAGGCUGCAGAAGCUCUUGUAAAACUCUAUGAAACUAAACUGUGUGAAGAAGAAGCAGUUAUAGCAGACAAGAAUACUAUUGAAAACCUAAUAAGUACUUUAAAGCAAUGGAGAUCUGAAGUAGAUGAAAAAAGAGAGGUUUUCCAUGCAUUAGAGGAUGAAUUGCAGAAAGCUAAAGCCAUCAGUGAUGAAAUGUUUAAGACAUAUAAAGAACGGGACCUUGAUUUUGACUGGCACAAAGAAAAAGCAGAUCAAUUGGUUGAAAGAUGGCAAAAUGUUCAUGUUCAGAUUGACAACAGGUUAAGAGAAUUGGAAGGCAUUGGCAAAUCCCUGAAAUACUACAGAGAUACUUAUCAUCCUUUAGAUGACUGGAUUCAGCAAGUAGAAGUCACACAGAGAAAGAUUCAGGAAAAUCAGCCAGAAAAUAGCAAAACCCUAGCCACACAAUUAAAUCAGCAGAAGUUGCUGGUAUCUGAAAUAGAAAUGAAACAGAGUAAAAUGGAUGAAUGUCAAAAAUAUGCAGAGCAAUACUCAACUACUGUGAAGGACUACGAAUUACAGACAAUGACUUAUCGGGCCAUGGUAGAGUCGCAACAGAAAUCUCCAGUGAAACGUCGAAGAAUGCAGAGCUCUGCAGACCUCAUUAUUCAAGAGUUCAUGGACCUCAGGACCCGGUAUACUGCUUUAGUUACCCUCAUGACACAGUAUAUUAAAUUUGCUGGUGACUCACUAAAGAGACUAGAAGAGGAAGAGAAGUCAUUGGAAGAAGAAAAGAAAGAACAUGUUGAAAAAGCCAAAGAAUUACAGAAGUGGGUAUCAAAUAUCAGCAUUAUACUGAAAGAUGGAGAGAAGGCUGGAAAAUCUUCCUUCUCUCAGCAAAAGAUACCCAAUGAGGAAAUAUCAGCUAAGAAAGAACAGUUCUCUGAAGUACUUCAAACCACACAAAUGUUUUUGGCCAAACAUGGGGAUAAAAUUACAGAUAAAGAAAGAAAUGAAUUGGAAAAACAGAUUAAUAGUCUUCAAGAGAGUUAUAAUAUAUUCUUCAAUGAAUCUCUGAAACAGCUACCAGAACCACAAACUUUAGAAGAUGUAAAGGUAGAGGGGAAGCUUGAUAAAGUGAUUGCAGGCACCAUUGAUCAGACAACUGGAGAAGUCCUUUCAGUUUUUCAGGCAGCUUUAAGAGGCCUCAUCGACUAUGACACAGGAAUUAGGUUGCUUGAGACACAGCUUAUUACUUGUGGUAUAAUUUCACCAGAAUUAAAAAAAUGUUUUGGCCUCAAAGAAGCUGAAAGUCUUGGCCUUGUUAACGAACAAAUUCUAUGCCAACUCAAAGAUCUCAGUAGAACAAGGGAGCUGAUAUCUGCUAUGUCAUCUACCACAGUGCCAGUGCUGGAUGCUCUGGCUCAAGGAAUGAUAUCUGAAUCCAUGGCUAUCAAAGUUCUUGAAAUACUGAUUUCCACAGAUUUUCUAGUUAUUCCAUCCACAGGAGAAGAAUUGAUGCUACAGAAGGCUUUCCAACAGAACUUGGUUUCCUCAACAUUAUUUCCUAAAGUCCUGGAAAGGCAAAAUAUGUGCAAAGAUCUUAUUGAUCCAUGCACCUCUGAGAAAGUAUCAUUACUAGAUAUCAUGCAAAGAAGUAUUUUACAAGAAGGCACUGGGAUGCGACUUCUUCCUGUGAGACCACAAGAAGGAGGCAGGAUAACAUUAAAAUGUGGAAAAAACAUAAGCAUUUUAAGGGCAGCUCACGAGGGGCUCAUAGACCGUGAAACCAUGCUUAGAUUAUUAGGUGCACAGCUUCUUUCUGGAGGUAUUAUCAGUAGCAAUACUAAUCAAAGGCUGACUGUUGAAGAAGCUCUGGAAGAAGGUUUGAUUGACAGAGAUACUGCUAACAGUAUCCUUACAUACCAGGUUCAGACAGGUGGAAUUAUACACUCACAUCCUGCUAAACGUUUAACAGUAGAUGAAGCUGUCCAAUGUAAUUUAAUAACUUGUAGCAGUGCUCUUUUGGUACUCGAGGCUCAACGAGGAUAUGUUGGACUCAUCUGGCCUCACUCUGGUGAAAUAUUUCCUGCCUUAUCUUCCCUGCAGCAGGACUUGAUUACAAAUGAAUUGGCAUGCAAAAUAUUGGACGGCAGGCAGAAAAUAGCUGCUCUUUAUAUUCCAGAAACUUCUCAAGUUAUUGGUUUAGAUGAUGCUAAGCAGCUUGGAAUUAUAGAUUACAAUACUGCAUCAAUUUUAAAAAGUAUUAAAAUUCCUGAUAAAAUGCCAGAUUUGGGAGAAUUAGAAGCUUGCACAAAUUCCAAAAGAUGGCUUUCUUUUUGUAAAUUUCAGUCAUCUACUGUCAGUGAUGAUAGGCAACAGGAGGAUGUCUUAGAUGGAGAAGAGUCGAUAGCAACUCAGAGCUCAGAACAAACUAAAAAGUUAUUCCUGUCGUAUUUGAUGAUAAAUAGCUACAUGGAUGCAAACACAGGACAGAGACUUUUGAUGUAUGAUGGGGACUUAAAUGAGGCUAUUAAAAUGCUAUUAGAAGAUUGCAGUGUAGAAUAUGAUGCGGAUACACCCCAAAAAGAUUGCCUUGAUGUCAGAAGUCUCCCAGAUGAGUUUCUGAAUAAUACCCAAACUAAAAGAAAGGAAAAAACUACAGCUCCAACAGGUAGUUUUGAUAAAUUUAAUUAUAAAGAGUGCAGACCUAAAUUAAUCCCUGAAAAUAGAAACCAUGAUACAGCUGAAGACUUUCAUAAAAGGGAAACUAAUGUUUUCAGUAAUGAAUUUUAUCAGUCAGAAAAUGUAAUAGCAGUUGAGCAUAGAGUUGGGGCUUCAUUUAGUGCAUGUAUCCCCAAUUCUGUAUCACAUUUAAUACAAUCUAAAGUUGUAGAAGGCUGCAUGCAAGACUCUGAAAACACAAAAAAACACUUAGGAAAACAAAGACAAGUUGAAGCAGAUAAACUUGCAGAUGAAUGUAGUCAUUCUGAAAAUGCUAAAAACUUUGCAGGUGAUUUUAUAACAAAUGCUAUUGUAAAAUCAAAAACUAGUGGAAUUUUUGAGUCAGUUGAAACAGAGAACAAAGGUAAUAUAAAGAAGGACUUGUCUAUGUUUGACUAUUCUCCUAGACUUAGUGCCUUAUUAAGUCAUGAUAAAUUGAAUUAUCAAGUGAGAUGUAGUGAUGAAAUUGUCACAAAGUACUAUGGAAAUAAAUGUAAAGACGCUACAUUGCUAUUCAAUAACCAAACCAUCAACGACCAAACCAUGUUACUGGGUCAGAGUACAGGAGAAAAUUUUCAAGACCAAUUCCUGGGAAUUGCAGCAAUUACUGUCAGUUUAAAAACUGAUGAAGAACACUUUGAACAAAAACCUUUAUGUGUUAGUUUUAGUGACUCGGAAGUACAGCACCAAAAUAACAAAUUUAUUUCAGAUACCUAUGGUGAAGGUGAAAAAAUGCAUGUUGUUUCUCAAUGGAAAUAUGAAGACAAGUCAGAUAAAUCCAUUAUGGAAGCAUAUUCCCCUGCCAUAACUUCAGAGAGUGAAACUGAUGAUUUCAAUAAUUCUAAUACCUUAGGCAUACCAUUGCUUGAAAAAACAGCCGAUGCUGGUGACUAUGAAACAUCAUUAUUGGAUACUCAGCAGAGUGACACAGAAACUGACACUGAUAGUGAUGAUGACUUUUAUGACACUCCCUUGCUUGAAGAUAAUGAACAUGAUUUCCUACAACAUGAGGACUAUAAAACACAGCAAGCAGAAAUUAAAGGGGCUGUUCCUCACAGCACUAAUUUCUAUGAUGCUUCAAAAGAGAAUGAUAAAUCUGUGACUUUCCAGAAGGAAGUAAUUGAUAGCUCGAUCAUGAGGGAGAAAUCACAUACUCUUCAGAAUUUUGUCCCAGCUAAUGAGAAAGCAGAUUCAGAUUUUAGUGGGAAAUUGUCCUUAAGUUCAGUUGACAAAGUGUGUGAACCCUCGGUAGAAACUGCAUCAAAAGUAAAAAGUACAAAUGAUCAUGAAGGGGAUAAUUCUGACUCAUUGACUCAUUUUGAGAUUGUUGGCAAAAAUGAGAGCUUCGGUGUUCUGUUAGAAGCUGAUGGCACUAGCUAUUGGAGAGAGAGUAGAGAAGAGUGUUUGACUGGGCAAGAAUUCAAUUCUGACUCUGAGUAUUUAGAUUCUGUGCAGAAUGAAGAAAGUUAUUCAGAUUAUAUAAAUGACAGUAAUGAUCAGGAUACUGAUGCUAUUGCUGAUGAAGGAAGAGAAUGUUAUAAGACUAAAAAGUCCACAUGUCAAAAUAAGUUUGAAGAUGGAGAUAUUCAGUUCUAUGCCAAAAUCAUAAAUGAAAAGGAAAACAGUCAUGAAAAUCAAAGUGAAAACAAUGUGAUUUUUAUUCAUGAAAAUAAAAUGAUUCUUCUGGAUAAGAGCCACAAUUGCAAGUCUUUAGAAAAACAGCUUGAAUCAAGUAGUAAAAGUACUUUAGUUACAGAAAGAAGCAACUCUUCAGAAGAUACAACUGAGUUUUUGAGAAAAACUGAAAAAAAUCUGUUCCAUAGUGACCUGAUUCCUAAAGAUACAUUACUGCUGGUCACUGAAGACACUAGUGCAGAAAAUGCCCUUGAUCCUAUAAGACUAGUAUGUAAUACAACUGUGAGCUCAGCUUCUAAAUCAGAUGAUUCUGUGGACAUACAGGGUAAAUUGACUCAAAGACCAGAUUCUACUGUUUCUGUCAAUGGUGGAGAUCAAUGUUAUGAGAAUAAGACACCUCAAGUUUACACAUCUUUUGAUAAAAUUAUUAGUUCUGAGCCUGACUUAAUAAACAAAUCUGCUGAGGACUGUCACUUGUCACGCAUUGCCUUUGUAAUUGACAAAGCCCACACAGAAGACCAAAGGGAUAUAAUUAAAGCUGAUCAAAGUAAUAUACCAAGAGAAAAUAUUGCUUCAGUUCAUAAGUGCUCCAGUGAAGGAGCUGAUGUAGAACAUGGCUCUGAAACAAAAGAUAUCCUGAAACCUGAAGAUAUCCUAAGUUCUAUUCUAGUAAUGUCCCCUCCAGUGCAAGAAUACUUAAAAUUAGGAGGUGAUGUGAAAAAUAAGGUAGCUCUAAGAGAAGGAUACACACCUCAAAGUGAGAGGGAGAGUGCCCAAAGAAAUGACUUAUUAAGUUUAGAAAGUGUUUUAGAGGGAGGGACAGAAAUUCCAGAAGAAAACAAAAGCUUCUUUUCAAUUUUACCUCUUAAAAACAUGGAAGGCCAUGGGGAAAAGAAGUAUUUUGUGCAGGCAGAACUUUGUACAAAUGAAAUAUCAAAUGGUAACUCCAGUAACUCUUUAAGCACUAGUGAUUCUUAUUUAGAAAUUAAUAACAAUGGAGGAAUUGAGCUGCAGUCACAAAAAGAACAAUCCUUAUUUCCUGGACCUUAUGUCCUAGGAAAGGAAGAUACUCAGAGUCCUGAAUUAUAUCAGGUUAUGGGUGAUGAUGGAAAAGAUAGUUUGAAAAGCCAAUUGAACAAAGAUCUUACAAAUUCUCAAGAGGGUGGAGAAUUUUUAUCUUGUGCAGCCACAAAGAUGUUAAUUCAAAACUUAAUUAAGAGAAUUAGCACAUCACAGUCAGCAAGCGAAGCAACAGGUGCUCCCACUGACUCUAAAAUUGGUGACUCUUCUGAAAUUUCUGUUCUGAAUAACUUACCAAUGUUGAAAGCAGAGAACAAAGAUGAUUCAUUCUAUAUGAAAAAUCUUAGGUCUGAGCUUCUCCUUGAUGUACUUAAGCAAAAUCAGGAUAGCCAAAAAAUUACAGAAACAUUUGAAUUGAUGAAGGAAUUUACUCAGAUGGACUGUAGUCUUGAAAAAAUAGACAUCACAUCUAAAGGACUUCCACUGCAACUUGAAAAUAUUUUCUACAAGAUGGUUGCUGAGAGAUACUCAGAGAAAGUAGAACAUAGUGUAAAAUUGAAAGAAAAAUCAUCUACUUUGGAGAUGGUAGAGGAAAACCCAUACAUUCUUGAUCUUAAAAACAGAGAAGGAAACUCUGGUUCCAUGGAUGUACAUAAUGCUAAAGAAAUUAAACUAGAAAACUCUAUUAUGUGUGCAUCAGCAUGGCCAAGAAAUGAGAAGAUUGAAGAGCUAUGCAGUGAUUUCCCAAUCCAGGUGGAAUAUGUUUCUAAGUCCAAUGAAAUUACUCCUGGAAACAACGCCACCGAACAGUUUUCCAAUGAGUUGCAGCAGUGUUUACAGCACACAUCAAAAAUAAAUGAAUAUUUGGCUUUGCUUCAAGAUAUGAAGCCUCCCAUAGACAAUCUAGAAAGUCUGGAUAGCAGUCUUGAAGCUUUGAAGAACCAACUUAAACAGUUAGAGAUGUUUGAAUUGGGAUUGACUACAAUUGCUAUUCUUAUAAGAAAAGACAUGAAUCUGGCAGAAGAUUUUAUAAAAUCUCUCCCCAGAGACUUUCCUAAAGAACAUCUAGAGGAAUUGAAUAUAAGGCAACAGAGUUUACAGACUGCCUUUUCUUCCAUCAGCAAUGUGUCUUCAGAAAAAAAGAAACACAUUAUGGUUUCAAUUGACUCUGAACUGUCUAAACUAACAAUCAUCCAUGAAGAAUUUCUGCAUAAACUUGAAUCUUUCUCACUUUGGAUAUCAGAGAAGACACAAUCUGUGAAGGAUCUUGAAUUUGUUAAUGCUCAAGAUACUGAAUGUAUAAAGAAAAGUUUGGACUUUCUCAAGAAUGUAUUAAAAGAUCUUGGACACACCAAAGUGCAACUGGAGACUACUGCCUUUGAUGUGCAGUUUUUCGUUUCUGAAUGUGCGCAAGAUUUGUCUCCCAACCAAAGCAAGCAGCUGCUGAGACUCUUAAACUCAACUCAGAAGUGUUUUCUUGAUAUACAGGAAUCAGUAACCACACAGGUGGAUCAUUUAACAGCUCAAUUACAACUAGAACAAGAUCUUGAGGAUCAGACAGUGAUAGAAUGUCAGCAGGAGUACAAAGAGAAACUUCAAGGGAUAUGUGAUCUACUCACCCAGACAGAAAACCGCCUGAUUGGCCACCAAGAAGGUUUUGUGAUUGGAGAUGGCACAGUUGAGUUAAAGAAGUACCAGUCCAAGCAAGAGGAAUUACAAAAAGACAUGAAAGGAAGUGCAAAAGCAUUGGAAGAAAUAGUGAAAAACUCAGAGAAAUUCUUGAAAGAGAAUGGUGGAAUGUUGUCUAUAGAAGAUAAGGCUUUGAUUGAACAGAAACUGAAUGAAGCUAAGUUAAAGUAUGAGCAGCUUAAUUUAAAAGCAGAAGAGUUGAAAAAGGAACUGGAUAAAGUUGUUACAACGGCAAUCAAGGAAGAAACUGAAAAGGCUGCUGCUGUGAAGCAGCUGGAAGAGAGCAAAACCAAAAUAGAAAACCUUCUGGACUGGUUGUCAAAUGUUGAUGGAAACUUGGAAAGGGCAAGUAUAACCCAGAAUCAGGUCAUUGAGCAGAAUGGGACUCAUUUUCAAGAUGGUGAUGGGAAGUCCGAGAUUGGAGAAGAAGAUAAAGUUAAUGGUAACUUGCUGGAGACUGAUUUUGAUGGGGCUGUUGGAAUCCUUGAGGAGAAUCUGAACCAGCAAUACCAUAAAGUUAAGGCCCAGCAUGAGAAGAUUGUUGCUAAGCAGCAAGCGGUCCUCAUGGCUACUCAGUAUGCACAAGCCUUAUUGGAGAAGCAGGGUCAUCAUCUGUCUCUAGAGGAGAAAGAGAAGCUGCAAAAGAAUAUGAAGGAACUGAAAGUGCAUUAUGAAACUACCCUUGCCAACUCAGAGAAGAAAAUGAAGUUGACGCAUUCUCUGCAGGAAGAAUUAGAGAAGUUUGACGCUGACUACGGUGAUUUUGAGCACUGGCUGCAGCAGUCAGAACAAGAACUUGAAAACCUGGAGGCAGGUGCAGAUGACUUCAGUGGUUUAAUGACCAAAUUGAAAAGGCAGAAGAGUUUUUCUGAAGAUGUCAUUUCUCAUAAAGGUGACCUGAGAUACAUCACUAUUUCUGGAAGUAGAGUUUUAGAAGCAGCCAAAUCUUGCAGCAAGAGAGAUGACAGUGUCAACGCUGAUCAGGAUAAUAUUGAUACUUCUGCAACUCACAGAGAAGUCCAGAGCAAAUUGGAUCAUGCCACUGACAGAUUCAGAUCUCUAUACUCUAAGUGCAGUGUCCUUGGGAAUAACCUUAAAGAUCUGGUGGAUAAAUAUCAACAUUAUGAAGAUGCUUCAUGUGGACUUCUUUCUGCACUUCAUGCCUGUGAAGUAGCAGCAGGCAAACACUUAUCUGAACUUAUUGCUGUUGAUCCUAAAAAUCUACAAAGGCAACUAGAAGAGACGAAGACUCUACAAGGACAGAUAUCAAGUCAGCAGGCUGCUGUUGAGAAACUGAAAAAAACAGCUGAAGUUCUCUUAGAUGCAAGGGGAUCUUUACUUCCAGCAAAGAAUGAUAUCCAAAAAACCCUGGAUGAGAUUGUUGGCAGAUAUGAUGACCUGUCCAAGUCUGUUAAUGAACGGAAUGAAAAACUCCAAGUAACCCUGACCCGCUCACUGAGUGUACAGGAUGGUCUGAAUGAAAUGCUGGACUGGAUGGGAGGUGUCGAAAGUUCUUUAAAAGAACACUCUCAAGUACCCUUAAACUCUUCUGCUCUUCAGGAUAUCAUCAAUAAAGAUAUUAUGUUGGAACAGGAUAUUGCAAGUCGUGAGAGCAGUGUAAAUGCCAUGAGUGAAAAAGUGAAGAAAUUUAUGGAAACAACAGACCCAUCUACUGCAUCCUCACUUCAAACCAAAAUGAAGGACUUGUCUGUUCGUUUCUCAAAAGCAAUUCAUAAACACAAAGAAAAACUGGCCAAAAUGGAGGCAUUAAAGUCUAAAGUAGAACUCUUUGAGACUCUUUCAGAAAAGCUCCAGACAUUUGUAGAAACAAAAUCUCAAGAAUUUACAGAGGAAGAUAGGCCUGGAAAAGAUGUCACUGAAUUGUCUCAGUAUAUGCAGGAAUCAACCUCUGAAUUUUUAGAACAUAGGAAAGAUCUUGAAAUUUUGCAGAAUCUCUUGAAGGAAAUAUCUAACCAUGGCUUGCCAGGUGAUAAGGCUCUGGUUUUUGAAAAAACAAAUAAUUUGUCCAAAAAAUUCAAGGAAAUGGAAGAUACCAUCAAAGAAAAAAAAGAAGCUAUAUCUUCUUGUCAAGAACAGAUGGAUAGUUUCCAAGCACUUGUUAAUUCAUUAAAGUCAUGGAUAAAAGAAACAAAAGAAAGAUUGCCCGUUAUACAGCCUUCUUUUGGUGCACAGGAGUUAGAGAAAACUUUGGAAGAAACUAAAAGGUUACAAGAGAAGUGGAGUUUGAAAACAACAGACAUUCAGAAAGUCAACAGUGGUGGUAUCUCACUAUGUAAUCUGAUAAGUGCUGUGACUACCCCUGCAAAGGCACUAGCAACAAUUAAAUCAGGUGGAGUAAUGUUAAAUGGUGAAGGAACUGCCAUGGAUAUUCAAGAAAGUUUGGCCAAUAAAGGAUUAACAUCUAUCAAAAAGGACAUGACUGAAAUAAAUCAUAGUUAUGAAGAUCUUGGCCUCUUACUUAAGGAUAAAAUAUCAGAACUGAAUGCUAAACUCUCCAAAUUGCAAAAGGCUCAGGAAGAGUCAAGUGCAAUGAUGCAGUGGCUAGAAAGGAUGAACAAGACUACAGCAAAAUGGCAUCAGACACCACCUCCAACUGAUACAGAAGCUGUGAAGACUCAAGUUGAGCAAAAUAAGUCAUUUGAGGCAGAACUUAAGCAAAAUGUAAACAAAGUACAGGAGUUAAAAGACAAACUGACAGAGAUAUUGGAAGAGAACCCAAACACUCCUGAAACCCCCAAAUGGAAACAGCUGUUGGCAGAAAUAGAGCACAAAUGGCAAGAACUCAACCAAUUAACAGUUGAUAGACAACAAAAACUAGAAGAAUCCUCUAAUAAUCUAACUCAAUUCCAAACUAUAGAGGCUCAGUUAAAACAAUGGCUUGUGGAAAAAGAUCUGAUGGUCAAUGUGCUUGGACCCUUAUCCAUUGACCCAAAUAUGCUAAAUACACAAAAGCAGCAGGUGCAGAUUUUGCUACAAGAAUUCAAUACUCGUCAACCUCAGUAUGAACAGCUAAAAGCAGCUGGUCAGAGCAUUUUGAGCAAACCUGGUGAACAUCCUUCUUUCCAUGAGAUUGUGAAAGAGCAGCUGGCAGCUGUCACCCAAAAAUGGGACUGCCUAACAGGACAAUUGAGUGACAGAUGUGACCGGAUUGACCAAGCCAUUGUGAAAAGUACUCAGUACCAAAGCUUGCUCAGAAGCCUUUCUAGUAAACUGAAUGACUUGGACAAUAAACUUAGCAGCAGUGUGGCUUUGAGCACACACCCUGAUGCUAUGAACCAGCAAUUAGAAACAGCCCAGAAAAUGAAGCAGGAAAUCGAGCAGGAAAGGAAGCAGAUAAAAGUGGCCCAGACCCUCUGUGAAGAUUUGUCAGCACUGGUUAGAGAAGAAUACUUGAAAGCAGAGCUCAGUAGGCAACUGGAAAGCAUCCUAAAGUCAUUUAAAGAUAUUGAACAAAAAGCAGAGAAUCAUGUACAGCACCUUCAAUCAGCCUACACCAGUUCUCAUCAAUUUCAGCAAAUGUCUCGAGAUUUUCAGGUUUGGCUGGAAACAAAGAAAGAAGAGCUAAAUAAGUCUCACCCAAUAUCAGCCAAACUUGAUGUCUUAGAAUCACUAGUUGAAGAUCAAAAAAAUUUUGGUGAAGCCUUGAAUGCUCAGUCUAAUUAUGAGAAAACCAUUGCAGAAGGUGAAAAUCUGUUAUUAAAGACACAGGGAUCUGAGAAGGCAGCCUUACAGUUGCAACUUAAUACUAUCAAAACCAACUGGGUUGGGUUUAGUAAACAGGUGAAAGAAAAAGAAGACAAAGUAAAAGAUGCACUGAGUAAAGCCCUCAAAUAUCAAGAGCAUGUAGAGACUCUUCGGCCAUGGAUAGAAAAAUGUCAGAGUAACUUGGAGGAAAUAAAAUUUUGCUUGGAUCCCGCUGAAACAGAAAAUUCUAUUGCCAAGUUAAAAUCUCUGCAAAAGGAAAUGGACCAACACUUUGGGAUGGUUGAAUUGCUAAACAAUGCAGCAAACAGCCUACUCAGUAUCUGUGAGAUAGAUAAGGAGGUAGUUGCAGAGGAGAAUAAAUCACUGAUUCAGAAAAUGGACAUAAUCACUGAUAAUCUUCACAGUAAAAAAUCCUCUCUGGAUAACAUGGCUCAAAAGUUUAAAGAAUUUCAGGAAAUUUCCAAGGAAACUAAAAGGCAGCUUCAGUGUGCAAAGGAGCAGCUGGAUAUGCAUGAUUCCCUAGGACCCCAAGCUUACAGUAACAAGCAUCUGACCAUGUUGCAGACUCAGCAGAAAUUACUAAAGACAUUGAAGCAGCAGGUGGAUUUGUCCAAAGAACUUGCACAGGCCAUUGUGCUGGGAAUGUCAGAUUCAAAGGGAACCUCUGAUAUCUUAUUACAGGCAGAAACCUUAGCACAGGAUCAUAGUGCACUAAGUCAGCAGGUAGAUGAAAAGUGUUCAUUCUUAGAAACUAAGCUUCAGGGCAUUGGGCAUUUCCAAAACACCAUUCGGGAAAUGUUUUCUCAGUUUGCAGAAUUUGAUGAUGAACUGGAUAGCAUGGCCCCAGUGGGCAGAGAUAUAAAAACAUUGCAAAAGCAGAAGGAGACUAUUAAAGUAUUUCUGGAGAAACUAGCAGCCCUCAUUGUAAGUAACGAGAAUGCCAAUAGAACCUGCAAAAUGAUGCUAGCUACUGAAGACACCUCUCCUGAUCUUGUUGGAAUUAAAAGAGACUUAGAGACUCUCAGCAAACAAUGCAACAAGUUAUUGGACAGAGCUCAAGCCCGCAAAGAACAGGUUGAUGGGAUAGUUGAGCGGAUUGAGGAAUUCUAUAGCAAACUCAAACAGUUUUCUACUUUGCUUCAGAAAGCUGAAGAACAUGAAGAAUCUCAGGGCCCUGUUGGAAUGGAAACAGAAGCCAUUAACCAACAGCUUGAAGUAUUCAAGGUAUUCCAAAAAGAAGAGAUUGAACCUUUGCAAGUGAAACAACAAGAUGCAAACUGGUUAGGGCAAGGCCUUAUUCAAAGUGCUGCUAAUGGUACCAGCACCCAGACUUUGGAGCAUGACCUGGAUCAUGUCAAUGCACGGUGGAAGACUCUUAAUAAGAAGGUGGCUCAGCGAGCAGCCCAACUACAGGAGGCUCUGCUACACUGUGGGAGGUUUCAGGAUGCACUGGAGUCUCUUCUUAGCUGGAUGGUAGACACUGAGGAGCUUGUGGCCAAUCAGAAGUCCCCGUCAGCAGAAUUCAAAGUAGUGAAGGCCCAGAUACAAGAGCAGAAGCUUCUCCAAAGACUACUGGAUGACCGCAAAUCUACCAUAGAAGUGAUCAAACGGGAAGGAGAAAAAAUAGCAGCAACAGCAGAACCUGCAGAUAAAGUGAAGAUCUUGAAGCAACUAAAUCUCUUGGAUAAUAGAUGGGAAGCUCUGCUUAAUAAAGCUGAAACACGGAAUCGUCAGUUGGAAGGUAUCUCUGUGGUAGCACAGCAGUUUCAUGAAACCUUAGAACCACUGAACGACUGGCUCACAACCAUAGAGAAGAGGCUCACAAACUGUGAGCCCAUAGGAACCCAGGCCUCUAAACUUGAGGAACAAAUUGCACAGCACAAAGCAUUAGAAGAUGAUAUCAUCAGUCACAAUAAACUUUUACACCAGGCUGUUAGCAUCGGCCAAUCCUUAAAGGUUUUGAGCUCCAGGGAUGAUAAAGAUAUGGUGCAGAAUAAAUUAGAUUCCUCUCAAGUGUGGUACAUUGAGGUUCAAGAGAGAAGUCACAGCAGGUCCAAGCUCCUCCAACAGGCCCUAUGUAAUGCUAAGAUUUUUGGGGAAGAUGAAGUUGAACUGAUGAACUGGCUGAAUGAAGUGCAUGACAAACUGAGCAAGCUCUCAGUCCAGGAUUACAGCAGUCAGGGGCUAUGGAAGCAGCAGUCUGAACUUCGGAUUCUGCAAGAAGACAUCCUAUUAAGAAAACAAAAUGUAGAUCAGGCAUUGCUAAAUGGUUUAGAACUACUUAAACAAACAACAGGUGAUGAAGUUUUAAUAAUUCAAGAUAAAUUGGAAGCCAUUAAAGCAAGGUACAAAGACAUUACUAAAUUGAGCACGGACGUAGCUAAAAUCCUGGACCAGGCUCUGCAGCUGGCAAGGCGGCUAUCCUCCACACAUGAGGAGCUCUGCACUUGGCUAGACAAAGUGGAGGUGGAAUUACUUUCAUAUGAAACUCAACUUCUGAAAGGAGAAGCAGCAAACCAAGCACAAGCCAGGCAAAAAGAAUUGAAAAAGGAAGCUAAGAUCAACAAAGCAAUAGUGGACUCCCUUAAUGAAGUGAGCAGCGCCUUACUGGAACUGGUACCAUGGAGGGCAAGGGAAGGACUUGAAAAGAUGGUGGCUGAGGACAAUGAGAGGUACCAAGUAGUCAGUGACGCCAUCACUCAGAAGGUGGAGGAGAUUGAUGCGGCCAUUCUGAGAGCACAGCAGUUUGACCAAGCAGCUGAUGCAGAAUUAUCCUGGAUUACCGAAACAGAAAAGAAAUUGAUGUCACUUGGUGACAUCAGGCUUGAGCAAGACCAGACUUCUGCCCAACUUCAGGUUCAGAAGACAUUCACCAUGGAUAUUUUGAGACACAAAGAUAUUAUUGAUGAACUUGUCAAGUUUGGACAUAAAAUCAUGACCACUUACAGUGAAGAGGAAAAGCAACCCAUGAAGAAUAAACUGGAUAAGGUUUUGAAGAACUAUGAUGCUAUCUGCCAGAUAAACUCAGAAAGGUAUCUACAACUAGAACGGGCACAAUCCCUAGUGAACCAAUUCUGGGAAACCUAUGAAGAACUUUGGCCAUGGCUGACAGAAAUACAAACAAUCAUCUCACAGCUUCCUGCUCCAGCUCUUGAAUAUGAAACUCUGAGACAACAGCAGGAAGAACAUCGGCAACUGCGAGAGUUGAUAGCCGAACACAAGCCUCAUAUUGAUAAGAUGAACAAAACUGGGCCACAGUUACUGGAAUUAAGCCCAGAGGAAGGCUUUUCUAUCCAGGAGAAAUAUGUGGCAGCUGACACCCUUUACAGUCAAAUUAAAGAAGAUGUCAAAAAGCGAGCUGUGGCUCUGGAUGAAGCCAUUUCUCAGUCAACUCAGUUUCAUGACAAAAUAGACCAGAUCCUGGAGAGCCUGGAACGUAUUGUGGAGCGCUUGAGGCAACCCCCCUCAAUCUCUGCAGAGGUAGAGAAGAUUAAAGAGCAAAUCAGUGAAAAUAAGAAUGUGUCUGUAGACAUGGAGAAGCUGCAGCCAUUGUAUGAAACUCUGAAACGGAGGGGAGAGGAAAUGAUUGCUCGAUCUGGGGGCACUGAUAAAGACAUAUCUGCCAAAGCUGUUCAAGAUAAGCUUGACCAAAUGAUUUUCAUUUGGGAAAAUAUACAUACACUGAUGGAAGAAAGGGAAGCCAAACUACUGGAUGUAAUGGAAUUAGCAGAAAAGUUCUGGUGUGAUCACUUGUCACUAGUUGUUACCACUAAAGAUACUCAGGAUUUCAUCCGUGACCUAGAAGAUCCUGGAAUCGAUCCCUCAGUAGUGAAACAACAGCAAGAGGCAGCCGAGGCCAUAAGAGAAGAAAUAGAAGGAUUACAAGAAGAGUUGGACAUAGUUGUUAACCUGGGUUCUGAACUCAUCACUGCAUGUGGGGAACCUGAUAAACCCAUUGUCAAGAAAAGUAUAGAUGAGUUAAACUCAGCAUGGGACUCUCUAAACAAAGCCUGGAAAGACCGGAUUGACAAACUGAAGGAUGCUAUGCAGGCUGCUGUUCAGUACCAGGAUGGACUGCAGGCCAUAUUCGACUGGGUAGAUAUUGCUGGUGGCAAAUUAGCUUCGAUGUCUCCAAUUGGAACUGAUCUUGAAACUGUCAAACAGCAGAUUGAUGAGCUAAAGCAAUUUAAGUCAGAAGCCUAUCAACAACAGAUAGAAAUGGAAAGGUUGAACCAUCAAGCUGAACUUUUGCUGAAGAAAGUUACAGAAGAGAGUGACAAACAUACUGUUCAAGACCCAUUAAUGGAACUGAAAUUGAUUUGGGAUAGCCUAGAUGAGAGAAUCAUCAACAGACAGCAUAAGUUGGAGGGUGCUUUGUUAGCACUGGGUCAGUUCCAGCAUGCACUGGAUGAACUCCUUGCCUGGCUGACACACACAGAGGGCUUGCUAAGUGAACAGAAGCCUGUGGGAGGAGACCCGAAGGCCAUUGAGAUCGAACUUGCCAAGCAUCAUGUUCUCCAAAAUGAUGUAUUAGCCCAUCAGUCCACAGUGGAAACAGUUAAUAAAGCAGGAAAUGAUCUGAUCCAAUCAAGUGCAGGAGAAGAAGCAAGCAAUCUUCAGAACAAGCUGGAGAUUUUAAAUCAACGGUGGCAAAAGGUUUUGGAGAAAACAGAACAAAGGAAACAGCAACUAGAUGGUGCCUUGCAUCAGGCUAAAGGGUUCCAUGGUGAAAUUGAGGAUUUACAGCAGUGGCUGACUGACACAGAGCGUCAUCUGUUGGCAUCCAAACCUCUGGGAGGUUUACCAGAAACAGCCAGGGAGCAGCUUAAUGCCCACAUGGAAAUCUGUGCUGCCUUUGAUCUAAAAGAAGAAACAUAUAAAAGUCUUAUGGAGAAAGGCCAGCAGAUGCUUACAAGAUGCCCCAAAUCUGCAGAAACAAAUAUUGACCAAGACAUAAAUAACAUGAAAGAAAAAUGGGAAUCAGUGGAAACCAAGCUCAAUGAAAGGAAAACUAAACUGGAAGAGGCUCUCAACUUGGCAAUGGAGUUCCACAAUUCUCUCCAAGACUUUAUCAACUGGCUUACACAGGCUGAACAGACCCUUAAUGUAGCCUCUCGGCCAAGUCUUAUCUUGGAUACAGUCUUAUUUCAAAUCGAUGAACACAAGGUUUUUGCCAAUGAAGUAAAUUCUCACCGUGAGCAAAUAAUUGAACUGGAAAAAAAUGGAACACACCUGAAAUACUUUAGUCAGAAACAAGAUGUUGUCCUAAUUAAGAACCUACUGAUCAGUGUUCAGAGUCGAUGGGAGAAAGUUGUUCAAAGGUUGGUAGAAAGAGGAAGAUCUCUGGAUGAAGCAAGAAAGAGAGCCAAGCAGUUCUAUGAAGCAUGGAGUAAACUUAUGGAGUGGCUUGAAGAGUCAGAAAAGUCUCUGGAUUCUGAGCUUGAAAUUGCCAAUGAUCCAGACAAAAUAAAAACACAACUUGCUCAACAUAAGGAGUUUCAGAAAUCACUGGGAGGCAAGCAUUCUGUCUAUGAUACCACCAACAGAACUGGACGUUCUCUGAAGGAGAAAACCACCCUGGCCGAUGACAACCUGAAGCUGGAUGACAUGCUGAGUGAGCUCCGAGAUAAAUGGGAUACCAUCUGUGGUAAAUCUGUUGAGAGACAAAACAAACUAGAGGAAGCCUUACUAUUUUCUGGACAGUUCACAGAUGCUCUGCAGGCGCUCAUUGAUUGGUUGUAUAGAGUUGAACCCCAGCUGGCAGAAGACCAGCCUGUCCAUGGAGAUAUUGAUUUAGUGAUGAAUUUGAUUGAUAGUCACAAGGUCUUCCAAAAAGAGUUGGGGAAGAGGACGAGCAAUGUCCAGGCCCUGAAGCGUUCUGCCCGGGAGCUCAUGGAAGGCAGCAGAGAUGAUUCCUCCUGGGUCAGGGUUCAGAUGCAGGAAUUAAGUACACGCUGGGAAACUGUGUGUGCACUCUCUAUAUCAAAGCAGACACGGUUAGAAGCAGCUCUGCGACAGGCAGAGGAAUUUCACUCAGUGGUACAUGCCCUCUUGGAGUGGCUGGCUGAGGCAGAACAAUCCCUUCGUUUCCAUGGUGUUCUCCCAGAUGAUGAGGAUGCUCUUCGGACUCUGAUUGAUCAGCACAAAGAUUUCAUGAAAAAACUGGAAGAAAAACGAUCUGCACUAAAUAAAGCUACCAGUAUGGGAGAUGCUGUGUUGGCCGUCUGCCACCCUGACUCCAUUACCACCAUUAAGCACUGGAUGACCAUUAUCCGGGCCAGGUUUGAAGAGGUACUGGCCUGGGCAAAACAACAUCAGCAGAGAUUAGCAAGUGCUCUGGCUGGACUUAUUGCCAAACAAGAAUUGUUGGAAGCUUUGCUGGCUUGGUUGCAGUGGGCUGAAACAACACUUAGUGAUAGGGAUAAAGAAGUCAUCCCCCAGGAAAUUGAAGAAGUGAAAGCCCUCAUUGCAGAACACCAGACAUUCAUGGAGGAAAUGACCAGGAAACAACCAGAUGUUGAUAAAGUAACCAAGACCUAUAAGAGGAGAGCAACUGAUCCUUCCUCAUUACAAUCCCAUAUUCCAGUCUUAGAUAAAGGACGAACCAGAAGAAAAUGCUUUCCAUCAUCAAGCUUAUAUCCUUCUGGAUCACAGACACAAAUUGAAACCAAAAAUCCCAGAAUCAAUUUAUUAGUGAGCAAAUGGCAACAAGUCUGGCUCCUUGCAUUGGAAAGAAGGAGGAAGCUUAAUGACGCAUUGGACAGACUAGAGGAGCUGAAGGAAUUUGCAAACUUUGAUUUUGAUAUCUGGCGGAAAAAAUACAUGCGAUGGAUGAAUCAUAAGAAAUCUCGAGUGAUGGACUUCUUCAGGAGAAUUGAUAAAGAUCAGGAUGGGAAAAUAACACGACAAGAGUUUAUUGAUGGAAUUCUUUCUUCAAAGUUCCCAACCAGUCGUCUGGAGAUGAGUGCUGUAGCAGACAUUUUUGACAGAGAUGGUGAUGGAUAUAUUGACUACUAUGAAUUUGUAGCAGCCCUUCAUCCAAAUAAGGAUGCGUAUAAGCCCAUCACUGAUGCUGAUAAAAUUGAAGAUGAGGUGACAAGACAGGUAGCUAAAUGUAAAUGUGCAAAACGAUUUCAAGUUGAACAGAUUGGAGAUAACAAAUACAGGUUCUUCCUGGGAAAUCAGUUUGGAGACUCUCAACAACUGCGACUUGUUCGAAUCCUAAGAAGCACUGUGAUGGUUCGUGUUGGUGGUGGCUGGAUGGCACUUGAUGAGUUCUUAGUGAAAAAUGAUCCUUGCAGGGUUCAUCAUCAUGGGAGUAAAAUGUUACGUUCGGAAUCAAACUCUUCAAUUACUACUACUCAGCCUACUAUAGCUAAAGGAAGAACAAACAUGGAGCUGCGUGAGAAGUUUAUUUUGGCAGAUGGUGCCAGUCAGGGGAUGGCAGCUUUCCGGCCUCGAGGCAGAAGAUCCCGGCCUUCCUCCAGAGGUGCUUCACCUAAUCGCUCAACUUCUGUGUCCAGUCAAGCUGGCCAGGUGGCUGCCCCGCAAGUCCCUUCAACCAGCACCCCCAAGAUUCUCCAUCCUUUAACACGCAAUUAUGGUAAACCAUGGUUGACAAACAGCAAAAUGUCAACUCCUUGUAAGCCAGCAGAGAGCUCAGACUUUUCCGUGCCAUCUACAGAGGGAACCCCAAUACAAGGAAGUAAGCUUCGACUUCCGGGAUAUUUAUCAGGGAAAGGUUUCCACUCCGGGGAUGACAGUGGCUUGAUAACAACUGCAGCCACAAGAGUCCGGACCCAGUUUGCUGAUCCCAAGAAGACCCCCAGCCGACCUGGAAGCAGAGCUGGAAGCAAAGCUGGUAGCAGGGCCAGCAGUCGCCGAGGGAGUGAUGCAUCAGAUUUUGACAUCUCAGAAAUCCAAUCUGUGUGCUCAGACGUGGAGACUGUGCCCACAACACAAAGACCUACACCGCGAGCAGGUUCUCGGCCCUCUACAGCCAAGCCUUCCAAAAUACCUACACCCCAGAGGAAAUCACCAGCCAGCAAAUUGGAAAAGUCCUCAAAGAGAUAGUGCCUCUGGUCCACCACUAUCCUUCCAUGAGCAUUUAUUAUUUAACUUCGAAAACUGUAAAAUACAAUGUAGAAGUUACUGUGAAAUAUUGUAAGAGGCGAGUUUAAAAUUCUGCAGAUGGCUUUAUUUGUGUAUUUGUCUUUUCAUUUACCUAUAUAAUUUUUGGUCAGAUUCUGGGGUUAAAAUCACAUGACCUGUGGAGGAAACAGCUUAAUAUAUACUAACCAUUCUGCACUGCAAGGUGCAGGGCACACACAAAAGUCCUUACAGGUAAGUCCAUAUCUUCUGUGAUGGGCAUAGUCUUACAUCCAUAGCUAAGGUUAAGGAUGCCUUGUGACAUUUUUCUUAUUUUUUGUGCAAAUGCUGGGAAGCCAAACAUUGGAAAUAUAUUUUGAAAUUAUUUAAAUACAAACUCAAGUUAAAGAAGAAGACAUAUCUACACAUAUUAAAGUGAAAACUUCAAUCCAACAGAGAGAUUACAGGAAGUUUCUACACUUUCGAAACUGCUCUGAUAGUCGAGAACCGUGCAGCAUUUCUGAGCCAUUGCUUUACGUGCAGCCAGAAGUGCCCUGAAUAAUACUCUACUGUAAGAAUAUAAUUAAAGUGCAUUAAUGAGAGGUUUUUAUUUGCUUGAUUGGGAAGUAGCCACUGUAUCAUUGAAAUCAUUUUGCAUCAGCAAUUUUGCUUGCUGAAGGCUAUAAAAUAAAACAUGCCCCAAAGUACAUGCUAUGGAAUUAAUUUUUUCCACAGGGAAAAAUCAGUGUAUUUUUUUAUGAGCAAGAUCCAUUUGGAGUGACCAAAAGAUACUUAAAAAUGGGUUUAUGUUGAUUUUCAUCUGAAUAAUUAUGUUCUAGUAUUAUAUCUAUAUUUAAUAAAUAUUUUCAUUUUAAUUUAUUAUGUAUACUCACAUACUAUAAAACAGUACUAGUAUGCAUUUAAUAAAACAUAUUCACUUGAA